CGAAUCUCACACAACAAAACCACACGCAUCAGGAUGAAUCCUCACUUUUGACAAUUCCUUUUAGAAUCUUAAUCCAAAAACAUCCCUUGAAGAUGAGAGGGAGCCGCGUGGCCGCACUGCACGCCGGGAUUUCUUUUCUGGGGCCAAAUGAAUGCAGUGCGGACCGACUGGAUUUGGGAUGCGAACGUCAUCAAUGGGGAUCAACAGCCACAACGACCGACCACGACGGUCCCGAUUUACGACGCUUGGAGGUUACGAACACGAUUAAGCGGAUCGUCCCGUGCAGGCCGCGACGCUUCAUCGGGAUUGGCUGCGAGGGGAAGAAGAAGAAGAAGAAGGAGGGGCAGGGGGGGGCAAUCUUGAAUUAAGCAGAUCAUCUCUUGUUGGGGACGAGAGUGGCUCCAUUUCAGAGCGCCCCCUCUUCAUCCUCCUCUUCUUCAUCACCACCACCAUCCUCCUCAUCCUCAUCCCCUUCAUCCCGCAGGUCCAGUUUUGCACGAGAAGCUGAUCCGAGCUUCGGUCCCCAUCAGUUUCCAGGACGGGCUCACCUGUCAGCAUGUUCGCGCACUGGGAGGUUUGCUUCUACAUUUUCAUCGUGCUGCAGGCGCACGUGAGGUCCUACUGCUGCUGGUCAGUGAAUAAUUUCUUGAUGACCGGACCCAAGCGCACAUGCUGUGAACCGCAUGCUGCGAUUGUGCCCCGCGCAGGCGUACCUGAUCUACUCCAGCAGCGUGGCGGCGGGCGCCCAGAGCGGCAUCGACGAGUGCAAGUUCCAGUUUGCGUGGGACCGCUGGAACUGCCCCGAGAGAGCGCUGCAGCUGUCCACGCACAGCGGCCUGCGCAGCGCCAAUCGGGAAACGGCGUUCGUGCACGCCAUCAGCUCGGCCGGGGUCAUGUACACGCUGACCAGGAACUGCAGUCUGGGGGAUUUCGACAACUGCGGCUGCGACGACAGCCGGAACGGACAACGAGGCGGUCACGGUUGGUUGUGGGGAGGCUGCAGCGACAACGUGGGCUUCGGCGAGGCCAUCGCCAAACAGUUUGUCGACGCUUUGGAGACCGGCCAGGAUGCCCGAGCGGCCAUGAAUCUGCACAACAACGAAGCUGGCAGAAAGGCGGUGAAGGGGACCAUGCAGAAGACGUGCAAGUGCCACGGGGUGUCGGGGAGCUGCACCACGCAGACCUGCUGGCUGCAGCUGCCCGAGUUCAGGGAGGUGGGCAACUACCUGAAGGAGAAGUACCACAGGGCUCUGAAGGUGGACCUCCUGCGGGGGGCCGGGAACAGCGCGGCCGGCCGGGGGGCCGUGGCCGAGACCUUCAGCUCCAUCUCCCGCAAGGAGCUGGUCCACCUGGAAGACUCGCCGGACUACUGCUCGGAGAACCGCACGCUGGGCCUGCCGGGAACCGAGGGCCGCGAGUGCCUGAAGAAGGGCAAGAACUUGAGCAAGUGGGAGAAGCGCAGCUGCAAGAGGCUGUGCGGCGAGUGCGGCCUGGCCGUGGAGGAGCGCAAGGCCGAGACGGUGUCCAGCUGCAACUGCAAGUUCCACUGGUGCUGCGCCGUCAAGUGCGAACAGUGCAGGAAGACGGUGACCAAGUUUUUCUGCGUGAAGAGAGGAGGCGCCAGGGGGAGGAACGAGAGCGCGGGCGGACGACGCAAGACCCUCAAGCCCAGCGGGAAGCACUGAGCCUCGUCCGGGAUCAUUUAGGUCAAGAAAAUGUCAAGUUGGAGAAAAGAAAAAAAAAAAAAGACAAUUUCCUGAAAAUAAGACACACACACAAAAAAGACACAUUCAGGCUUUUUUCUUAAUAUGACAUUUUACGACUGACCAGGGAUUUUCUUAAAACUUUACAUUUUUUCUCAAAAUUAAAGUACAUAGUGACAAGGUGAAAAUCCGCCUCACGGUUCAGAGGUUG